AUGCCCUUUUUCAAACCAACCCCCGUCAGCCUCGCCGCCUGCGCCUUUUCCUUUCAAUCACUGGAGCUGUGCAGCUCAGGACAUGGGCGACAAUUGGACAAAGCCUUCUGCGUCAAACUUAUCUUGGGUUGCGUUCCGAUGAACCUCGUCUUUAUCCUUGUUGGUCCCGAUUCAAACAGGUACAAUAUAAUUAGACAGUACUAG